AUGGGCAACCUACCUGGCGCUCGGGUCAACCCUAGCCGGCCGUUUUUGCACACCGGCGUAGAUUUCGCCGGUCCGAUUCUACUGCGGACGUCCAAGGGCCGAGGACACAAAGCCUACAAGGCUUUCCUGGCUGUUUUUGUUUGUUUCAGCACACGGGCCGUUCACUUGGAAGCAGUCAGCGAUUAUACGGCCGACGCGUUCCUCGCCGCCUUUCGGCGAUUCAUAUCUCGUCGAGGAGUCUGCCAGUCGGUGUGCAGCGACUGCGGGACCAACUUUGUGGGGGCCGACUCGCAGCUGCGAACCAUGUUCCAGGAGGCCGGCCGCGAGACUCAUCGGAUUAUCGGCCGCCUAGCCGACUAUGGUAUCCGGUGGCAAUUUAACCCCCCGGCUGCCCCGCACUUUGGCGGAUUGUGGGAAGCGGCCGUCAAAUCCGUGAAACACCAUCUGCGGCGUGUCAUAGGCGAAACGAAGCUCACCUACAAGGAGAUGGCUACCUUCCUUGCUGAGGUCGAGGCAUGCCUCAACUCGCGCCCGCUUCAGGCCUUGACGGACGACCCCGAGGACCUUAGCGCGCUUACUCCCGGGCACUUCCUGAUCGGUGAGCCGCUCAACGCCAUACCGGAACCGGCGCUCCUCGACGUGCCACCGAACCGGCUGAGCAAUUGGCGGCUGUUGCAGCAGAUGCGGGAUCACCUGUGGCAACGGUGGUCCCGCGAGCAUUUACAGGCUCUCACGCCACGGCCGAAAUGGUGGACCACUAGCGGCGGCCUGAAAGAGGGACAACUGUGUCUUCUGAAGAAUGAGCUGACACCACCAUGCCGCUGGCCCCUUGCCCGCAUCGUGCGGCUGCACGCUGGAGAGGACAACCAGGUGCGAGUGGUAGACGUUCGGACUGCUACCGGCCGGCUAACCCGACCGGUGGUCAAGAUCAUGCCUCUGCCGCCUGCCGACGCCGCGCCUCAGUAG